UGAUUCAAUUGCACAACAACCUCCCUUUGUCAAAGGCUUUGCGACGUCGGUCCGUGGAAGGUUAGAAGACAUACUUUUACGAGAUGGUAAUUGAGAAAACUCCAAAAUGUAUAUAUUGGGGUUGAACGGUUAGAGUUGGAGGGGAUUGGACAAGGGGAUGUAUGACCAACAGGUUUCCCACUCAACAAAACUCGAGAGAAGCUGAGGAACAUCCUCAAUUCUCUCUAAUUGUUGCCCUCGAGGUGGAAUAAGCUUCCGCCGCAAUGAGUAGUUCUUCAGAAUCAUCUAAAGCGAAGAAACGCCGAAGAGAGGCCGAAAUUGAAGAUGAUGGCGGGGGCAAUACUGAAAAUUUCUCUUUGGAGGACUGUCUUACAUUUAACGAUACUUUGGCGGCGCUUCACAUGAUGCGAGCUCAGUUUCCCACCAUUGACAAGGUGUCAAUUCAGCCAUUCAUUUUGCAAUCACAGUUGUAUAGUAGUUUAAAAGACCGAACAGAAGUAGACAGGGAACUAGAGUGUCUAAAACGAGAAAAAGUAGUGCGAGUAUUCAAACUGAAUACUGGACAAGAUGAUCAUGCAAUAAUGUUUUUGGAUGACUAUCUGAAGCAGAUUGACCGUUUGAUAUCAAGAUUUGAAGAAGGGAUGAAACGUGGCAAGGAGAUUUUUCUAUGGUUUAAGACGCAUGUUAUUGAUUGCAAAUUGGAACCUAGUAUUGGACAUCAGGAGCUUUGCACUCUCUUAUCUCUUGGGGGAAAGAUUAAAGAUGAAGAUAUUUCCCUCCUGAUGAACGCUGGACUCUUAAAUCGCCAGCUUAUUGAUCCAAACGUGUAUUGGUUUGCAAUUCCAAGUAUCGGUUCUGUACUGAAAGGCAUUUCUCAGGGUAGAAAGGAACUCAUUUCUUUGCUAAAACGUACCAAAUACAAAGAAAUGAUGAUGACAUCUUUGCAGAAAAAGCGUCUUCGCUUUUCUUCACUUGACAUGAGAUUUCAUAUACGAGAUUUAAUUGGGUCUGGUUACCUCCAAACCGUGCAAUCACCGACAGGCUUACUUGUUCAGUUAUCGAAAGAUUAAAAUCAGGGAGGACCAAAUCAUAUGCUGCUGUUUGAUUUCCUCCCCACUUGUUUAUUAACUAAGGCUCAAAUGGAACUAUGAAAGCUAAGCAUCAGCAACAUGACAAAGACAACGAUUUUGGUGAGAAGCAAGAGUGAGACUGAUUUUCCAUGUGUGCACGAGUAUAUUUUGAUUAUUGACGCUGGUAGAGGUCCUUAGGCACUCUUUCUUAAAAAUUACCAUUGGACACUUUGUGGAUCAAUCAUCCGACGAACUCUUGGUUUCACAGACCAAAGAAACAAUCAAAUAGAAUGAAACAAAUUGCUUUUGCUGUAUUUUAUAUACACUGAGAUACUCGUGUAAAUGCUAUUGGUUUGGUGUCUUUUGUACAACAAAUUUUUCAUAUAAACCCACCAAAUUAGAUGUGGGAAAAAAAAAAAGAGAAGAAAAAAGAACAUUAUACUUCAA